AUAUAUACAUGUAUGUAUGUAUGUAUGUAUGAGUGGUGUGUGUGUUUGUACAUAAAUGGUUGGAGCUUCCGAGUGUCGUUACGUGAGACACCUUGGUGUAAUGAGUUCAUAUCUGCGUGGGUGCUCAUCUCACUAAGAGAGCUCUCUUAGGUGUGUGUGUGUGUGUGUGUGCGUGCGUGUGAGUGUAAGUGUGUAUGAGUGCGUGUAUGUGUGAAUGAGUGUGUGUGUGUGUAUGUGACAGUGUGAAAGGCAGGAAGAGCAGUGUAAAAAAAAAAAAAAAGAAAAGCGGAGGGGUGGUAGAGAGCUAGUGUAAGAGCUAAGUGAUCAUGUGGACAAGUCUCUCCCUCCAGGCCCGUCAGGUAUUUGCAAGGAAACAAAGUAAUUCUCGAGUUUCGCUCAAAUAGCAUCACUUUUCUGCAAUUAGAUCUUUCUCUGUCGUUCACACACACACACAUACACACACACACACGCACACACACACACUCACACACAUACACACACACACGGAUACCUACCUGUUCAGCUUUGGUAUUCUGAUUUUUUUUUUUUUUCAUUCUUAGUUUCUUCGUCGAAUUUACCUGUAAAUAGCAGGUACAAAGAUCACGUUUAUAGACACACCGAGAAUAAGGGAGAGAAAAGAAAGAGGACGGUGAGAAAAUGGAACGAAAGAGACGGGGGCGGGUAAACGAUGGGGGAGAAGGAAUUGCCAAUCAAUCAUUAAUUGGAAUAUAAUCAUUAAUAUUUUAACCACGAUCAGCGACAAUAUGUAUGAAACGACUAUAAAACAGUUUGUAUAUUCCUAACACGAUGCACGUGUAUAUGUAAACAUAUAUAUAUGUGUGUGCAUGUUUGUCGGUACAUAUACACCUAUAUGCAUAUAUGUAAAUAUUAAUGCCAAGCUGCAUCACUAUAUGCAUAGGUGCAUGCAAAUAUAGUUUAGUGUUGCAUAAAAAAUUGAAUUAUGAAAUAUUGCAUCGUUUAAAUUUUAUAUUUACAAAAUUUAAUCAAAUAAAUUUCCACUUGUUUGCUGUCAACGACAGAAUUUCCACGAAGGUUAAAAACAAACCACUAAUUUUCAAGGUGUUAAAAGACUCUUAAGGUUUGUUUCCUUAACUUCUAGAAGGUUGGUUGCAAAUUCUUGCUACGUUCAUUGUUUUAAAAUAUUAAUCUUUGUUUUACGUUUGCAAUCGGAGACAAUUUGAAGUAACCAGACUCAGUACAAAAAUUCAGCAUUGCCUUUUCAUAAAAAAAGAAAAAAUCAAGGAGCAGAUAAACAAUGGUAAAUAUCUGUAUGAAACCCUUCUAAUCUAUAUUUUAUAUUGAUAUUGUAUCUAUGUAUAACCACACCAUUACACAUGUAUUACGGGGAGCAUACACACACACCCACGCGCAUACACACAGACACUUUGAAAGGGGCACUCAGUCACUCAUAAAUACUUAUUUACUGUGCAAAAACCCAUUAUCCCUUGUAAUAUGCAGUGGUUGGUUGUCGACGCGAAAUGUCCAGUGUCCUGACUAGAAGGAGAACGAGUGAUACGAUUUUGGCUGUUAAGUACACUCCAUGCGCCGAGGAACAGACAGAUGACGAAUUGGAAGAAAUUGCAAUUGUUAGUCGAGAUAACAGUAGCGAGAAAAAACCCAGCGAAUUAGAUGUUGAACAAAGUGUCACUGUAACCGUAAACGGCCCGCGCUUGCUUCCAGGUGUUGGCGUUUUCCAUUCUCCGUCAGACCGUACCAAAUUGAUAGGGGAACGCUUGAGCUCGCAGUUGUCGCUACCGUCUCCAGUUUACUCAAACAAAGUUGUCGAACAGGCAACUUGUAAAUCUACAUCUAAACAAAGUCUUCUUGAUAUUGUAAGUAAUCGUAUUGACAAAGCAAAACAGCGCACUAGAUCAGGCGAAGAUAUUGCUUUGAUGCGCAAGAUUCGUCCGACGGAACCUGUUACCACCCGAGAGAUUCGUAAACAACGCAAGAAAGAAAUCACCCAAAUUUUUGGUAACAAAAGACAACGGCAGCAAGAACGUAUCGAGACCUCAACCAAUAGUAGCGAUAAAAGUGGUUGUAAGUGGACAUUCGUUUUCGAUCCUUCGGGGCGGUUAUCCUAUUGGUGGUCUGCCGUGGUCAGUAUUGCAUUCCUGUAUAAUUUUUGGGUCCUUAUUUACAGGUUUGCUUUCCAAGAAAUUCGUACAGAAACUACUUACCUGUGGUUCACGUUGGACUACACUGCUGAUUUUCUUUAUAUCUUGGACAUCGCCUUCCAUUUUCGGACAGGAUUCCUUGAUGAGGGCGUGCUCCAAACAGAUGCUACCAAACUUAGGAUUCAUUAUAUGAACACAACUAGAUUUUAUAUUGAUUGUUUAUGCCUCUUACCUUUGGACUUUUUAUACCUUUCCAUUGGAUUCUGUUCAAUUUUACGUGGUUUUCGAUUGGUGAAAGUUUACAGAUUCUGGACUUUUUUAGACAGGACAGAACGCCAUACCAAUUACCCGAAUGUAAUCCGAACCACAACGUUAAUGCAUUAUUUACUGGCGUUAUUUCACUGGAAUGCUUGUCUUUAUUAUAUAAUUGUUUACAAGAUCGACAAAGCAACUGCAGAUUGGGGCUUUCCUAAAGACGAGUCGGAUGUACUGAAACAAUAUCUACACGCUCUUUAUUGGAGUACCUUAACACUGACAACCAUAGGGGAUCUCCCUAUGCCACGAUCUACUGGAGCUUACCUUUUCAUCAUCUUUGAAUUAAUGUUUGGCUUACUCUUAUUCGCGACCGUUUUGGGUCAUAUAGCGAAUAUUGUUUCGUGUGUCAGCGCAGCAAGAAAGGAUUUUCAAGCAAAGCUUGAUGGUGUGAAGACUUAUAUGACGUUGCGAAGAGUUCCGCUUAUUCUCCAAGAUCGGGUCAUUAAAUGGUUUGAUUAUUUAUGGAUGUGUAAUAAAUCGACGGAUGAAGAAAGAACGCUUAGUUUACUCCCAGACAAACUCAAAGCAGAAAUAGCAAUCCACGUGCACUUGGAUACAUUAAAACGGGUAGAAAUAUUCCAGAAUACUGAAGCCGGUUUCUUAUGUGAACUGGUCCUUCGGCUCCGUCCUGUCCUUUUCUCCCCUGGAGAUUAUAUUUGCCGGAAAGGUGAGGUCGGCAAAGAGAUGUACAUCGUAAACAGAGGUCGGCUGCAAGUUGUGGCAGACAAUGGCAAAACAGUUCUGGCCACUUUGAAGCCGGGUAGCUACUUCGGAGAGAUAAGUAUUCUUAACAUGGGUACAGCUGGAAAUCGACGUACAGCAUCGGUGAGGUCUGUCGGUUAUUCAGACUUGUUCUGUUUGUCAAAACAAGACUUGUGGGAUGUUCUCAAAGAAUACCCAGCGGCUCGGGUGAAACUGGAAUCUAUAGCAGUGAAGAGACUGGAGAAGUACAAGAAAGCACCACUGGAAAAAGCUGCAUUGGCUAGAAGCAAAAGCACGCCGGGACUGGUGGAGUCCCUGGGGCAAGUACCCGUCGAUGUGAUGACAAUGCAUCGGCACCAUACACUUCCAGCCGGGUUGCCAAAAACCCAGAAUUCAUCUGCACCCAGCCGUGUUGGUAGUAUCCAUUCUAACUCUGGUAGGAGUGAUAAUGGCGAUGAGACCCGAAAAUGUGACAUGGCUGCUGGCCCUGAAACCAGCAAUGGUCAUGUUAAUGAAGUUGUCAGAAUACAGGAAGAGACCUUGUCGAAAGAGUUUCACGAGGACACCAGCAGUAUAUGUACUCUGGCUACAUCGUUAACAAUAUCAAGUAUAAGUUCUAUGAUAGCAGUGAACUCAUCACCAUUGAAGUCGCCUCUCUGUACUGAUAACUCACGGUCAGUAUUUUCACCGCCAACAUCACCCCACUUACUUUACGGAAGUCACACAGAACAGUCACAAACACAGACCAUGCAAACUUUGCUUCCUGAAAUGUCGAUUGGUACCCCUCCGCGUGUGGUACCCUCACCUGUUUCAACUCAUCCUUACCAUCAGCAAAUUACUCCUUUCUGUCUACAACCCACUUCUUUCACCGUGAACACCACCCCCCAGGUAUCGACGUAUUUCACGCCGUUUUGUGCCUCAAACUAUUCUCCCUCCACGCCAACAUUUUCUCGGUCUGUUGCUGGAAGCAUUCCUUCUUCGCAGACCAAUCUUUGUCCACCGUUGUCACCAUUCCCUCCACCACUUUCGGUCAGCCCGUAUCCGGGACAAGCACCGAGCAUUCAAUUAAGUCCACUGCCUGGCAGCAGUGUUACUGGCAGUUUUACCGGAAGCCUCACGUCACCACGAGAUAUGUCUCAUGAUCUUCUUCUGCAAGAAAUUUCUAGUCUUCGAGAACGACUCAAUUGUUUGGAAAGUGAAAAUGCCGCCAUGACGGUAAAACUGAAUCAACAACAGUGGGAUGUAGAACAUCGACUUGCAGAAAUUGAGAUGCACAUGUGUGGUGGCGAUAGUGUGGCUAGUAUCGACGAAAGUCUUGAAGAAAAAUCGGGGCUUUUGGAACCGGUAAACCGUGAAUCUAUUAUAUGAAUGGAUUCGCCUACUCUAGGGCUACUUACCAAGGAUUUCUUUAAAAUGUGCAAAAUGCUGGAAUGACGAAACAGCAGAAAGAGAAGUAUCACGAAUAAACAUACCCCAAUAGGUUUAAACAAGCGGGGGGAUGCACACACAUACACAUAUCUAUAAAGACACAUACCCAGAUACAAUGUAUGUCUUCCGGGCUCUGCAUACAUAGAAACGAGUUGACAGAAAUAGGUUCUUCAUCAAAGUACUACAUAUAUAAUACACACACACUCAACACACACACACGUGUGUUUGUGUAUGUAUGUGAGUGUAUAUGCAUAUAUAUAUAUAUAUACACACUUUGUAAUGUACAAGUAAUUAAAUAUUAGAAAGAUAAUUAUUAGAUAUAGAUAAUUUAGAUAGAUAAUUAUGAUCAUACAUAUAUUCCAACAACGCAUGUGUACACGCACAUAAAUGCAUAUGUAUGCGUAUAAUUUACAUGCAUACAUCUAUGAAAGUACAUAUACAUGUUUUUUUUUUCAUAUGCAUACAAAUAUGUAUAUGCAUAUAUAUUGAUAUGUGUAUGAAUGUCUGACAAUUACUAGCGUAAGAUAUAAACGGAACUCCACGAAAAUACAGGCCAAACGAUCUUGUUCGAUCUGAAAUCUGAAAAAUCAUGAAAAGUGCUAAAAGAGUUAACACAGUUAUCUUUAACCGUUCAUGAGGAUAUAAGUAUGAGAAAUAUUGGAAUAUUUCUGAAUACUAACAAAAUAUUAACAAAACAUUAGCAAUCAAAAGGGAAGAAAAAGUAACCAUGAAUACAUUCGUGCGCGUAUGCACACACACACACACAUACACACUCAGGCAUACAGAGGUGCACACACACACACACACAUAUAUAUAUACACGUAUUUAUACACACGUAUAUGUCUAUAAAAUAUAUAUGUACAUAUGUGUAUAUAAACACAUAUACAUGUAUGAACUCCCAUAUACACAAGCCUGCAAAUCCUGCACACACACACACACACUCAGAGCAAGAGACAUAAACCGAAAGAUUGAAUUUGAAAUAAGAAACAGCAACAAAAUACGGUAACUAAGUUCUAUUUUUCAUAAACAACAUAAAACGAAAGGUGAAAACGAAAAACAGAUAAAAGCGGUUGGACCCACAAUUUUUCAGUCCUCUUAAGAGAUUGGAAUUAAACACAAGCCAUUCCAAUAACCUAGAAUUGGUGAAGAAGAACACGAAGAACAAGAACUGACAGAAAAUCAUUCUUUAAAAAUUUAUACGAAAGCUAACACUGAUCAAAGGACUAAAUUUUGGAAAUACAAGAAUUUUUACAUAUUUGAAUUUGAACAAAGUUUGAUUUUUUUUUUCGAUAUGGGAGAGAGAGAAAAACAAAACUCCAUUAGGAGUAAGUUAUUAAAUAUAAACAUACAAAAGAGAUUCAUGGUAUUAUGUGGGUGGAUCCGUGCUUCACUGCUUGAUUCUUAAUGACCAUUUUUAUAUUAUUUUAAAUUUCCUCUCAUUCUCUCCCUUGACGUGUGAACUCUUCAAGUUGUUACUCUGGAUUAGGAGAGAUUCUGCUGUUCUCUUAAGUUGUUUGUUUGUUUGUUUGUUUGUUUGUUUGUUUGUUCCUAUAUUUACUUUUAGAAAAAAACAGUAAUAAAUAUGGCACCCAUUUAAUUAUAUAAACGAAUACAUGCACACACACAAGCAAACACAUACAUUCAUAGAGACAGA